AAGCCCGUCCUGCAGCGGGGCGACGACGGGUAUAUCCGCCCGUCGCGCGCCGACGCGUACUUUAUGGCGGCGUCUCGCGGGGCCAAGACGAGCGGGCAGUCGUACGUGUCCCUCGCAGCGCCAUUAUCGCAGGCCGAGUACGAGGAGACGGCAGUCGGUGCGCGCGGGGCGACACCGCGCGUGCGCAGCGCGAUGGACGACGCCGAGAAUUACUUUGCCCAGUGGGAGGCGGAGCUCGAGGCCGGCUUCAACCUCCUCCUGUACGGAUUCGGGUCGAAGCGCCGCCUCGUGAACUGCAUGGUUGCGCGGCUCAGCGAGCGCGGACACUGCGCCGUCGUGAACGGCUACUUUCCUGGCCUCAACCUCCGCGACGUCCUCUCGUCGCUCGAGGACGCCCUGUCCAUCCCCGACGCGCCUGCCCCGCCGGGCGCAUCGCCGCUCGAGCGCGCCGCUCACCGCCUCUACGCGCAUUUCUCGACCGAAGGCUCCCGCCCCCUCUACCUGAUCCUGCACAACAUCGACGCUCCAGCACUGAAAGCGAGUAAAGCUAUGGCAGUGCUAAGCCUCCUGGCCUGCUCGCCCGGCAUCCACAUCAUCGCUACGUUCGACCACGUCAACACACCUCUUCUCUUCUCAACGACGGCAACAGCGACCCCUCCACACGCCUGCCGUGCGCCGCGCCCACGCCGCAAGGGGGACGAGUACAUCCCCGUCCCCGCCUCGCGUGGCUUCAACUGGGUGUACCACUGCAUCGCGACGUACGACGACUACGACGUCGAGCUGUCGUACGCGCGUUUGAGCGCGACGGCGCUCGGCGCGCUCGGGCAAGGCGGGCAGCCGGGGGUGAGCGAAGAGGGCGCGAUGCAGAUCCUGCGCUCUGUGCCGCCCAUGGCGGCGCGGCUCCUCAAGCUCAUCCUCUCGCGGCAGCUCGAGGCCCUGCCCUCCGACCCGGGAAUGCACGUCGCGCACCGGCCGGCGGCGACGGCGCCCGCGUUCGCCAUGGACGCGGACUUGCUGCAAAAGCUCGCGCGCGACCGCUUCAUCGCGCGCGAAGAGGACCGCUUCAACUCCCUCCUCGGCGAGUUCCGGGACCACGGGCUCGUCGCGGUCGCCGAGUCUGACCCCGACGGGCGCGCAGGCCGCUGGGCGUGGGUGCCGCUCGGCAAGAGCGCGAUCGAGCGCAUCCUCGCCGAGAUGAAG